AUGUGCUACAAAUUUGAAAAUCCGAGGGCGGUCGAAACCCAGUUUGCGGACCAGGGAGUCGAGUGUGAAAUCAUUCGCCUCUUACGGUCGACGUCGCGGUGGACGGGAGAGCGAAUAAUAAAAGGAUGUCGUGGGACUUUUUGGUGCCUGUGUGCGUGGGCGACCUGGUCAAGACCGGGGGGAUAAACCAGUACGUCGUGCAAGAUGUGGUUUCCCCAAAACAGUUGCCGUCCCAUCUCCACAGAUUCAAGGCUGCAUUGAGAAGCCAAGGCCCUUUGUGCAUCCUGGAACACUUUGACACAGCCUACAGUGUAUUACAGCAUGCCAACUCGGUGGAUCUCAGUGUGAAAGAGGACACUCUGGACUUGCUGGUGCAAGUUGUCAGCAGCCUGUCCUCCUCCCUGCCCUCGUUGCUCAUCUCGGUCUCCUUUUCGGCAGCCGAGCGAAAAGAGAAUCUCAAUGCCGUCAAAAUGAGCGUCUUCUUGCUCUGCAAAAUCACAGAGUGUCUCGAAAGCGACUCUUACAGGCAGAGCUUCAUCGCUGCACCUGGCAAGGGUGGCAAAAAGGCCAAAACGGGCGAUGGACUCCAGCAGUGGGACAGCGAGCGGGAGCGAGUUCUUCAGGCUCUCGUGCAGCUACUCCAGGUGGACAUCCGCUCCCUCUGGAAUCUUUCCCUCGUUGAAGAAGAGUUCACCUGCUGCGUGACCUGCUGUUGCUACAAGCUACUCGAGAAUCCGACCAUCAGCCACGUCAAGAGCAAACCCACCAGGGAAAAUAUCAUCCAUCUUCUCGGCUUGCUGAUCAAGAAGUACAAUCACCUCCUCGGUGCCAGCGUGAAGGUGAUCCAGCUGCUGCAACACUUUGAGCAGUUGUCCUCUGUGUUUGCUCAGGCCGUGUCUGUGUGGAGCACCGAAUACGGAGUCAGGGCCAUCGUCGGGGAGGUCAUAAGAGAGAUUGGCCAGAAGUCAAGUGAGGAGCUCGCCAGGGAGGGCUCGGGUGUCAAAGCGUUUGCAUCUUUCCUCUCUGAACUCGGCGCACUGGUACCCGAGUUAAUGAUCCCCAACAUCAGCGUACUGAUCACACACUUGGAAGGAGAGAGCCACACGAUGCGUGUGGCCGUGUGCGAGGUGCUGGGUGACAUCCUGGUGCGCGUCCUGUGCGGGGACGGACUGGAAGAGUCCAGCAGAGCUGACCGCGACCGCUUCUUUGACAUCCUGCAGGAGCACCUGCACGACACGCACUCUCACGUCAGGGCGCGCGUCUUGCAGGUGUACGCUCGGAUUGUAAACAGCAAGGCCUUGCCGCUAUGUCGGUACAGCGAGGUGAUGGGGCUGGCCGUGGGCAGACUGAUGGACAAAUCAAUAAAUGCGGUCAAGAGCGCCAUCCAGCUGCUGGCAGCCUUCAUUGCGCACAACCCCUACAGCUGCAAGCUGAGCAGCGCGGAUCUGAAAAAACCUCUGGAGAAAGAGAUGGCCAAGCUGAGAGAGAUGAAAGAGAAGCUGCGUGGGAGUGCACCGGUAAUUAAGGCGUCAGAACUGUGGGCCGCCAUGGAGCCUGAAGUGCGCAUCACCGUCGACACCGAGCUGGAGCCUUCGAAUGAUUCCGAGAAUGAGCAAAAAGAGGAGGAUCCAGAUGUCGAGGAAGCAAACGAGAUGGAGGAUGAUAGGGCAACCGGCGUGAAGAUUGCUCAGUACCUCCGGGUCAACAAAUACAGGAAUGCCGUGCGUCUCUGCAUCAAGGCCCGCAGCCGCUUCGCCGAAUCGGAGAUGUUUGCCGCCCUGUCCGAUCUCACUUCCGAGACGCUAAUGGACACGCUGGCCUGUCUCUUCAUAGGCUCUGACCGGGACACCCCCGAGCACAGUCAGCACUUGCCUCCCACUCCACAGAAAGGAGACAAAGAGGCAGACGAUGCGGAGUUCAAGAAGCAGGAGAUGUUGGUGCAGUAUCUCAGAGAUACGGAAACCUUCGCCCUUCAAGUGGAGAGAGCCAUCUCCGUCAUCAACUCCAUGCUGUACUGGAAAACCACUUCAGUGGUUCAGGAGGCGGUGCAGUUUUGCGUCACAGUGUGCGAGUUUGGCGUGGCCAACUCUCUCAGCGGCGUGAGGAAAAUGUUGCCUCUGGUUUGGUCGACUGAUUCGGCCAUCAAGGAUGCUGUCAUCCAGGCCUACAGACGCCUCUAUCUCAACCCCAAAGGAGACACUGUCAGGGUGAAAGCUCAGACUCUUGUGGACAGUUUGUCAGAACUAAUGGCGGACGCGUCUCUUGGAACGAUUCAGUGCCUUGAGGAAAUAGUGCAGGAGUUCUUCGGAAGUGGCAACAGCCUGGAGUCGACGGUGGUGCAGGUCCUGUGGGGGAGGUUCACCGGCAAAACGGAAAGCUCGCCUCUGUAUAGGCGAGCUGCCGUGCUGCUGCUGGGCAUGGCUGCACGGGCAGAAAGGGAGGUGGUCCUCAGCAAUCUAGACACGCUUUGUGCGGUGGCCUUGGGAGAAAAAGUCACAGAAGACUUUCUGAUGGCGAGAGACACCGUCAUCACCAUCUGCAGCAUCACUGACCAUGUUCGGCAAUCAAAAGGUACCCCAUUCCGACUGCCUCAAGAACAUGUGCUUUUUACCCGCCUCACGCAAGCAAUCGCUGAAGGUGCCAUGAUGGAGGACCUGCACUGGCAGAGCUUCAUGGAGCAAGCCGUCCGCCUCACCUACUUUCUGGCUGAAUCUCCUGACCAGCUGUGCUCCCGCUUGAUCCAACGCACCGCACGACUCCUGCUGGAUCAAAUUCGUGAAGGCAGCGAGCUUAACUCCAAGGAUGUCACUCCUACACAGGAGGGCGAGCAAGAGGCCGGCGAGCAAGUGAACUGCGUUUGUCUGGCUCAGCUGCUGGCUUUGUGUGGCUGCGUGGCCUUCUGGCAAGUGUCGCACCUCGAGCGCAGCGUGAGUGGCGAGUUGCGGAGGCGGAGAUUAGAGACCGAGGAGCGGCAGGAGAAGGAAAAGGCUCCACCUGGCAAAGCUAAGCUAACGGCAAACGAGAGCGCAAUGGAGGAGGAGCUGGGCUUGGUGGGCGCCUCUGCGGAUGAUACAGAGGCCGAGCUCAUCAGGAAGAUUUGCGAAACGGAAUUGCUAGCUGAGGAGAACCUGCUGAGUGCAUUCCUUCCUUUGCUGGUGAAAGUAUCCAGCUCACCCGGACGCUACUGCCACCCUCAGCUCAUCACGGCGGCCUGUCUGGCUCUCUCGCAAUACAUGAUGAUUAGCCCAUCUGUUUGUGAGGCGAACGCCCGUCUAAUGUUCACAGUGCUGGAGCGAUCUGCACUUCCCGUAGUCAGGGCCAACGCCAUCAUUGCUCUGGGAGACCUAACUGUCCGCUUUCCCAACAUAUUGGAACCCUGGACCCAGAAUUUAUAUGCCAGGCUCAGCGACGAGGUUCCGUCUGUGAGGCAGACGGCUGUGACAGUGCUGACACAAUUGGUCCUUAAGGAUGUGCUGAAGGUCAAAGGUCAAGUCAGCGAGGUGGCCGUGCUGUUAAUUGACCCCGAGCCACACAUAUCCAGCCUGGCCUUGAACUUCUUCAACGAGCUGGCCUCCAAGGACAACGCCAUUUACAACCUGCUCCCGGACAUCAUCAGCCGUCUGUCUGACCCGGAGAGGGCCAUGAGCUCAGACGACUUCAACACCAUCAUGAAACAGCUCUUCUCGUACAUCACCAAGGAGAGACAGACGGAGUCUUUGGUAGAGAAACUGUGCCAGCGCUUCAGGACCGCCAGGACGGAGCGCCAGUGGUGCGACCUGGCCGUCUCGCUGUCCCUGCUGUCCAUGUGCGAGCGCGGCUUCAAGAGGCUGCAGGAGUGCUGGGAGUGCUACAGCGACAAGCUGACCGAGCCCGGCGUCUACCAGCCUCUGCUCGCCAUCGCUGCCAAGCUGCGCCGAGGAGCCAAGAUCCAGUUCAAGAGCCAAGUGGACGACUUUGAGAAGCGUCUGACUGCGGUCCACACGCGAGGCCUGGAGAACGUGGAAAGCCCCGAGAUGGAGGAAGAAAAUCAAAAAGAGGGCGGGGCCACUAACAAGACGGUCACGCCAAGGCCUGCAAGAGGUCGUGCCAAGUCCAAGCGAGGUCAGUCAAAGUCGUCAGUUUCCAGCCAGUACGACGACAGUUUUGUCACGCCUCAGAGAACUCGCAAGUCGAAGAAGAAACCUGUCAUCACCUUCAGCAGUGACGAAGAGGAGAGCGAGGAGGAUGCCGUGCUGGACGAGAGCGAGACCCCCAAAGUCACCACGCCGAUUGGCCGCACAUCUCGACGAGCUCGCCUCAGAAACUGAACAGUUUUUAAUUGUUUUAUUUUAUUUUUUACUACCCUCAUGCCGAUUAACGUGCCCCUUUUAAUCAAGGCGUCUUUUAAUAAACCUGCACCUGAUGUGGUUGUUUCAAACGUCCUGA